CUCCUCCCUCCUUAAGGCACGUGUGAAUCGCCAUUCCUUCCCGUGGUCCUUUCUUCCUUCCUCCCCCAAAUCUCAAAAUUCCAAUUGGUCCAAUAAAUUUCCUAUAAUCUACUUCACUCGCUCUCUUCUCUGCUUUCUCUCUUCCUCCAAUGGCCGCUUCUUGCCCGACGGUGGCCGCUGCUCUCACUGCCGUCGCCGCCGGUGGGAGAAACGACGCGGUUUCUUCUGGGUGCUUGCGCUUAUACUCCGCUGCGGAGGGAAGAAGCCGGAGAUCGCGAUUCAUCACUCUCUGCUCCGACCCAUCUUCUGAUUCCUCGCCCUGUUCGACUUCGGGUCGAAAUGCCCCGACCCGAUUCAUCAAGAGAGGCGAAAUUGGGACCGGGUGGGCUUCUUCCUCGGUCGAGGAGGAGGCGUCGGCGGAGAAUCCCGCCGGCAAUGAGGGAGGCGAUGGUGGUGGCUCGAUCUCUGGCGUCAAAAAGCGGCCUUUGUGGAGGAAGAUUCGGUUUCGCUCCCGGAAGUUGAGGAGCGUUCUGCUGCUCAAUGUCGUCGCUGUUGUUUACGCGAGCGAUAUCUGUAUGGUGAAAGCAGUAGAGGCAACAACUGAUCCAGCUGCCUUCGCAGCAGUACGAUUCCUGGUGUCUGCAAUCCCAUUUGUGCCUUUCUUGCUUCGAUCAAGAGGCGACAGUCAUACCCGAAAUGCAGGAUUUGAGCUCGGAUUAUGGGCUAGUUUGGGGUACCUUAUUGAAGCAGUUGGUCUACUCACUGCUGAUGCUAGCCGAGCAUCAUUCAUCUCCUUGUUCACUGUGAUCGCUGUGCCAUUGCUUGACGGCAUGUUAGGAGGGAUAGUUCCAGCUCGCACCUGGUUCGGAGUUCUGAUGUCUGCAAUUGGUGUUGCCAUGUUGGAAAGCAGUGGGUCUCCGCCUAAUGUUGGAGAUCUAUUGAGCUUUCUGAGUGCUUUAUUUUUUGGGAUUCAUAUGCUACGAACUGAGCAUUUCUCGAGGAAGAUGAAGAAAGAAGACUUUUUGCCACUUCUUGGAUAUGAGGUAUGUGUUGUGGCCAUGUCAUCCACGAUUUGGGUUGUGAUUGGAGGAUUGCUCGACGGAAACCGAGAGCUUAGCCAAUCCUCUUGGAGCUGGUUGAUGAUGUGGGAUUGGGUUGUUUCAUUUCCAUGGAUGCCAGCUCUUUAUACCGGUGUAUUCUCAACUGGAUUAUGCUUAUGGGCUGAGAUGGCUGCAAUGCGUAGUGUCUCGGCAACUGAAACAGCAGUAAUCUACGGGCUAGAGCCCCUGUGGGGAGCUGGUUUUGCUUGGUUCUUGCUAGGGGAGAGGUGGGGAACUGCAGGAUGGAUUGGUGCUGCUCUUGUUCUUGGUGGAAGCUUGGUGGUGCAGAUACUCGGAAAUGUGAGCGAAUCCAUCAAGAGUGAAUCGAAGGAGAAGAAAGUUGGUCUGGUUUUGGUUCCUGAAAAGCAGAGAAACCUCUCAGUUACACCUAUUCUUGUCAGGUCGAAGAAGGAAUGAAGGAUGCUACUGAUUUGUUGAAGUGAAUAAGAAACUCUAGCUGCUACCAACUAUAUAAUAGCAUAAUAUAAGCAUCCAUCGAAGCAGCUGCAAGUGAAGAACGUAUGAGAAUCAGAAUCCAAAAGAAGAUAUGAGUACAUUCAGAUCAGAACUGUAUUGCAUCGUCUGCCUGCACCUCAUACGAAAAGAAAGACAGGAGUUUGGAAGUGCAGACCAUCUUCAAAUACUCGAGCUGUGGUUUGUUAUGAGAAGUGUCUGGUAAGACUAUCCUUAACUCUCACAGUGUUCGAGCAGUGACCUGAACUCUGCAAUAUACAUAGGGAAGAUAGUCAGUAUAUAGAUUAUUGUAAGUAAAUGCAUAAAGAAGUGUUGUUUUCUUUGUAAAAAAGGAAGAUGAGUAGAUAUUUGUAUAUGUGAUAAUAUAUUCUGCCUCUCAGUGAUCCA